UAUAUCAAUGUGUUAUCAAAGAUUCGACGUCGCUGUAGAAACAUCGAUGUUUGUUAUCCCUAGUCCUAUGUUAGACCUAUUUUAUAUAUACUUUUUAAGACUUUUUCUUAUCUGUGUUGUCUGUGUUUAAAUAUCCAGUGAUAUAUAAUUUGAAAACUUAAAGAAAUAAAAUAAAAUUCAAAGAAUUAUAUGUACACUAAAUAAAUUGGUACAUUAGAUAUGUGGACAAAGCUAUGUAGUCGAAUUAUAUUAGUGCAUCGUUAUUUGUGAUUUAUUCAAAUAAAUAGACCUAAGACUGACCAGUGCCAUUUUAUAUAGUUCAUAGUAGUGUUGACUUGAAACUGAAGCAAUUUACAGUAGACAUUAUCAGCAACAUGGCUGCUGCUAGUGACCUGAGUAGCAUCGAUAACAAUGAUUUAUUCUUUCAAAAUCCAGAAAAACAGUGGAUAGACGGCCCAAGUGAAUUUAUUGAGCUGACUCCAUCAGAUUAUGAUCAACACAUUGAUUUAGGAAACGGUGAUGGCUACAGCAAUAAUGAUACACUCGAUAUCAUGGAACUGCCAAAGUCAACGAUAAACACAAUUUUUCCUAUAUCGCCUUGUGGUCCACCGGACAGAGCCUGUUUCCCGGGAGAGUAUAAUUUUCAUGUGGAAAUAAACAGUGCCGAUACCCAUAAAAAGAAAUACUUAUAUUCUUCGAAGCUGGGUCGCCUAUACGUGGACGCUGGAUGCGACUUCCCGAUCUAUUUCAUGUGGUCCGGCGUUGCGACCGGACUGGCGGUGCGCGCGUGCGUCAUCUUCCUGGACCAGGACCAGGCCGAGAAACGUGUCGAGACGUGUCCCAAUCACGACCUCGCCAAACGGGACCCCAAUCAUAUUGUGACUCCAGAAUUCACAAAGAAAUGGAAGAACGUGCUACACUCCUCGAGAAAUGAUGAUACCGAUGGCGUUUACUAUUGCGGUGACAAAAACUCUUGGUACUCCACCGUGGUGACGUUCGAUAAUAAGACCGAGAAGCGGAGUCACGCGUAUCGAUUUGUUUGCAAGAACUCAUGCCCGAUGGGAAUCAACCGGCGGUCGCUGGCAAUCAUAUUCACGUUGGAGGAUUAUAAAGGCACCGUGUACGGGCGAGAGAUGGUGAACGUGCGCGUGUGUGCGUGUCCGCGGCGCGACCUCCACAAGGACGAGGAGGCCGCACACGGACACCACCGCGCGCGCACCAGGGACCCCCAGGACCCGCCCGGCCCGCCGCGGACCAAGAAGAUCAAGACCGAGCCGGUCGACCCCACCGACGACGACAAGAUCGUCGAAGUACCCGCGUUCAAAGUACGAGGUGUGGCAGCCACAAUCAUGGGUCUGGAAACAAUGAAGAACAUGAUGGAAUUGUACAGAAGGAAAACCACCGACCCACACAACGCCGCGCAGACCGACCAAUGCAUUAGUGACGUUAAGAACGUUAUAAAUAAGAUCAAAAAUACUUCGCAAACCCAACCUACCCAGUAAACAAUGUUACUUAAAAGAUUAGGAUUUAAUCAUUUUAAUAUUUUUUUAUUUCAUUUAAAGCUUUUUAUUUGAUGGAUUUUAAGAUUUUUGUGGAUAUAUCUCAAUAGCAUCCUGCUUGUGUUAUUGGAUAAUCUGGCUGAGAACCAGUGAUGGAUGAUAAAAUGGUGAUGAAAUCAUGUCUGCUAGUCCAUCGACAGUGUGGAUGUAAUAAUAUAUUCAUAGUAAGGACCAAUUAAUAAUAGGACAAGGACAAUUCACACAGCGCCAUCUAGUCCCAAGCUAAGAGCUUGUGUUAAGGGUAAUAACUAAUAGAAAUUAAUUGGAUGAGAACAGGGAUAUUAAUUUUUGUAUCGUGCCUGGAAUC